AUGUCUGUCACCGACGAGCAAGACAUGAGGGCAAGUCAGAUAUACCGCCCACUGGACUUCUCUAAAAACGAAAUUCGCCUGAUCGAGUUUGAGUGGCAUGAGCACGGGGAUAUAGAAGCCCCCUUGCGAUUAAAUCUACGCCAUGCAUCACUGGAUGAUUGGAACCCUAAAUUCGUCACUUUGCGCAACCAAAAUCCAUCGGUGGAUAUCUUGAAGCUCGCCCAGGCUGAGGAGAAUGACAUAUUUAACUUUGAGGUUUAUAGCUGCUUGAGCUAUUCACGGCGAGAUUGGGAGGGAGAGAAGGCCAUAAUCUUCAUCAACGGUGUCGCGACACCUGUCGACAAAUAUCUAGAGGUUGCUCUGAAAGAUGUUGGCUUUUCCGACUAUGUGCGUUAUCUAUGGGUCGAAGCUCUCUGUAUCAAUCAUGCUGAUACGUUUGACCGGAAUCAACAUGUUCUGCGAAAAAAGACCAUCUUCGGCCACGCCUGGAAAAUUUUGGCAUGGGUCAACAACAAGGAAGAGCUCACGGAUAUUGAGCUUGGGUAUACUCACACAGACAUCCCGUGGAAGACCAUGGAUUUAUGCGACGGGUUCAUGGAUUCUGGCAGGCAGGAUCUUGAAGAGGCUCUCGGAGUCCGGCAUCGGAACUGGGGAGCGGUGGAGCAACAAGACGAAGAAAUCAGGGAUGAUGUGGGUGAGAGAGUAUUUGCUUUAAUGUUUGAUGAACAUUUGGGAGUUGCCUGGCGCAAGAAUCGAAAGAGCAACUCGGGCGAUGAGGAUCGGCACGAACCGGAGCCUUGUAAUGUCCGCUUUUUGGACGUAGUCAAGUCAGACCUACUGACGCUGCUCCAGAAGGAAUAUUGGUCGCAUUUAGAGGUCAUUCAAGAGCUGACAGAAAAUCCUGAACAGACUUUCUUGGUGUGGGGAAAUUGGGAGGGCAUGCCGAUUGCCUUGCCCGUCUUCCUGGCUCUAGGCGACAUCUUACUCAAACUACACGAACAUGAGGACAGAGUCUACGCCAUACUGGACCUAUUCCCGCCGUCUAUUUCAGGUGCCGUCACGGUCGAUUACGACCAGGAUGCGGCAGUGACCGUGGCUCAGUUUCGCUCCGUGGUCCCGGGCUGGAACUGUAACCGAUUAGAGCCGAGAAGCGACAGUGAUGAUGACCGAGUCUGCCAGAGCCUCACUGAUAAGACUAUGAAGGAGAUUAGACCAAAUCUCACCUAG